UGCACAUGAGCAGUACAUGCUGGGAUCAAAGUUGUCUAUAUAAAGUCCUUGAUUCUGUGUGGGUUCAAACAUAUUUCAAAGCUUCAAGAUCCAGAAAGGUUUCGCUCUGCUUCCUAAAGACCUGAACACUGUUCCCAUAAGGCCAUGGCUUGCCUUGGAUUCCAGAGGCAAGAGGCAGGGCUAGACCUGGCUUCCAGGACUUGGUCCUGCAUCAUCCUAUUUUCUUUUCUCUUCAUUCCUGUCUUCACCAAAGCAAUGCACGUAGCCCAGCCUAAAGUGGUCCUGGCCAGCAAUCGGGGUGACGCCAACUUUGUGUGUGAGUAUGAGCCUCCAGGCAAAGCUGCUGAGGUCCGAGUGACAGUGCUGCGGCAGGCUAACGACCAGGUGACUGAAGUCUGUGCAGUGUACAUGACGGAGGAUGAGUUGACCUUCCUAGAUGAUUUCACCUGCACUGGCACCUCCAGUGGAAACAAAGUGAACCUGACCAUCCAAGGGCUGAGGGCCACGGACACGGGUCUCUACAUCUGCAAGGUGGAGCUCAUGUACCCGCCACCAUACUACUUGGGCAUGGGGAAUGGAACCCAGAUUUACGUCAUUGACCCAGAACCAUGCCCGGAUUCUGACUCCCUCCUCUGGAUCCUUGCAGCUGUUAGUUCAGGGUUGUUUUUUUACAGCUUUCUCCUCACAGCUGUUUCUUUGAGCAAAAUGCUAAAGAAAAGAAGCCUUCUUACAACAGGGGUCUAUGUGAAAAUGCCUCCAACAGAGCCAGAAUGUGAAAAGCAAUUUCAACCUUAUUUUAUUACCAUCAACUGAGAGACCAUUAUGAAGAAGAGAGACCAUAUUCCAAUUUCUAAGAGCUGAGGCAAUUC